AAUAGCACUGAAAAUCAGACGAUUGAUGCUCAGUGUUAUAAGAAUGAAUAUUUUUCGCUUUGUUUCGGUCAUAGCAUGGAAACCGCUUUCAUUUCGACAAGGUCUGCUCGCUCGGACAAUUUCAGGAAACGGAUUUGCCACACAGAACGGUAAAUCACCCGAAACGAACGUAGUUGUUCCGAAAGCAUAUCAAUUGCGCUCGCGUAAAAAAAGCGGGUUCGCUAACGAUGAUUCUUCGCAUAAAAUAGACAGAGAGAUCUCCAAGACUUUGUCCGACAAGGGGAAUGGAUUUUCAGAAAGCGAGAAGGGCACUGUCAAAGCAGUUUCCGCGGAAAACAAGGACAUUUACAAUGCUACGUUUGAAAAGUUACCAAAGAAGCCACCAGGACUGUUCGGCUUGUUUGUGAAAGAGAAUUAUUCCAAAGUCCAAGCCGGGAUGACACCAGGAAUUAGUGCACAAGAAGUCAUGCCAGCGUUGUCCAACAAGUGGAGAAAUCUUCCACACAAAGAGAAAGAGCGAUUAAAACAAAAACACCAAGCGAUACAAGAGGAAUACAAACAACACGUUAUUAGCUUUAGGCAAGGAUUAUCAACAGAGGAGAGGGCUUAUCUGGAUGAAAAACAUGGCCCAAAGAUGAGACAACUUGAUAAAGAAAGACGUCAUUUCUUAGGAUACCCCAAAAGCCCGCCAUCUCCUUUUAUUCUUUUUAUGCAUAGGUCCGCAGAAGGCUUGAAAAGUGUGUCUGUGAUUGAGCGAGCAAAAAUGCUUGGACAAAAAUGGAAGGAAAUGUCUGAGGAAGAGAAAGAAACGUACUUCGAGGAAAACCGUAAAGCACAUGAACAAUACAACAAGGACAUCGCUAAAUGGAAGGAGAAAUACUCAGAAGUUGCGUAACUAGGAAUAUUCAAUUUAUUUUGAUUGUUAACUUAAUGCUGAUAUUGUGCCGUGAUACGAGGUUGAAUAAUAUUCAAAAUUAAUAAAUAUUUCAAAGGUUGCAUUACCCACACACGGCUUACUUAGCGGUUUUCCAAGGAUUUGGCUGCCAGGCAAAUUUUGCCAACCCCCAAUCCGUGGACCUGCGGCAAAUACUGAUAUGUAAGUUAAAUAAGCACUGGCUUGUUACACGUAAAAUCGUCCAGGAAUAUCGAAUACACUCGAACUCAAAUCAUGCACUUCCCUUGACAUGCUUUUCCAGUUAC